AUGCCCAGCAGCAUCCUCCGGCCUCCCGCGGCCCGUCUGCCCUUCACCGCCCCGCACAAGGGCGCCAUGAUGCUGCAGUCACGAGCACCGCGCACCCGCGCACGACCGGUGCACGGCCUCACGCGCAUGUUGCCCUCCGUCACCGACACAAACUGCGCUCUUCCGAAUAUUAUCCGCUCUGGGGAGGAACAUCAGGCCCAGCUCAUCAUCCUGUCCCAUCAUCAUGUCUCCACCUUCAGCACUGGUGCCUUUGAAAUCAUGCUGGUGAAUGAGGGGAACGGCAGUAAGCAGAGGGACCUGCUGUUCCUCUGCUUUCAGCCAAAGCCCCUCAGCGAUAGACCAGCAGGCCCCCCAAAACCAGCAGGCUGGUCUGACCCCCCCGGUUCCAGCAGUCUUACAGACAGGGGCGGCGUUCCCGGUGGAGAACACAGCCCUCACACCCCCUCAAAACCUGUGCAAGCUACCAGUUUUGAUGUGGCCAGCCCACCAGGGGAGAAAGAAGAUCUGGCUUUAGGUCUGCAGCACCUCUGCACAGCUCCUGGUCAGGAGCUUUCCCAGCCGAGUGAGGCUGAACCAGUGACCGGUUCAUGUCGGGGCUACACAGAGCGCAGGAGGCAGACCAUCUCCUACGGCCAAAGGGAGUCUCCAGUUAACCCAGGCUGCAGAUGGUUUUCCAAGACUCUGAAGAAUCCUUCCACUUGUGCUGAUGAAGUUAAGGUCCCCUCAAAACUCUCCGUCUCAAAAUCCAUGAAGGUUUCUGACUCUGUGGCAGGAAGCAGAGGUGGAAGUCUGCUGGAACUCAAGGAGGGUGUGGAAGAACCUGCAGAAGAAGGAGGAGAUGGUGAAAAAGCAGACAAGCCCCACGUAGAGCUUUCAUCAGACGAGGAGGGUGUGGAUCUAGAGGAGAGCAUCGAAGAGUCCCGAGCAGAACGCAUCAAGCGCAGCAGUCUGCAGCGCGUGCAGAACCUGAAGACUGUUUUCUCAAGGGAGAAGAUGGACAAGACCCGAGCAAAAACCAAAGAGAACCUGGAGAAGACCAAACAAAAGACCAAAGAAAACCUGGAGAAGACGAAGCAGAAGACCAGAGAGAACCUGGAGAAGACCAAACAAAAAACCAAGGAGAAUUUAGAGAAAACCAAACAGAAGACAAAGGAGAAUCUGGAGAAGACACGUCACAACAUUGAGAAGAAGAUGGGAAAACUGGGAACACGAAUGAGUGUAAACCCUGAGCGCAAACAAAAGAUGAAGACCUCCACUGACAAGAUGAAGAAGGCCUUCACACCAGACCAUGUUGUGUAUGCCCGAUCCAAGAGCGCCGUGUACAAGGUGCCCCCCUUCACCUUCCAUGUCAAGAAAAUCCGAGAGGGUGAUGUGGAGGUGGUCCAGGGAACCGAGAUGGUGGAGGUGUCCAGAGAGGCUGAGACCUUUGAGGGCGUGGAUGGUGAGCUAGACAACAUGGAAGUGGAAGUUGAGAUGGAGAUGCUGAACGGAGGAGCAGAUGAAGAGGAAGCAGAGGAGGACGGAGAGGAGGACAGCCACGAUGCUUUGCCAGAGAAUGAGGAAGAGGACAGAGACAGCGAUUAG